ACCCUGUAUUCUUUGACGAUAAUGAUCAAUGGUUUAUUCGUCAUAAAUGGAAUAAUAAAUUAUUGCCUAACUGGACUUUGAAUGUUUGCAAUGUAAUUAAGUAAUUACACGAUAUUUUCAUACCUGCAUAUAGAAUCUAGAUAGGGAUUCUAUCGUUUCUUCUUCACUGUCAUAUUAACGUACACUGCUCGGUGCAUUUAUUGGCUAAUAAUACGACUAAUUCUUCAAAAUGAACGAUUAUCUUGUUGCUUUUACCAAGUAUCUCAAACAUGUUGGUUUACCGUUAGCGGUGGGAAUCGUGGUCUGGAAGUUAAGUUCUUGUUUAUCUCGCCGGAAACGUCGGGUUGCUUUGCAAGGAAAGGUAAUAUAUUUAUUUAUUACUAUACUUAAUUUUUUUCGGGUUGUUUGUAAAAUCACUGGUGCAAGCUCGGGAAUAGGCGAGGCCCUGGCGCACGCGUUCUACGAACAGGGAAGCAAAGUUGUUCUUGCAUCUCGGCGAAUAUCUGAAUUGAGAGUAAAACAAGAACUUGUAGCCAAGACUAUUAUUGAACCAACACUUGAACCAGUUGUUUUACCAUUAGACCUUGCUGACUUUGACCAGAUUGAGCCCUUUGUGCAAAAGGUCUAUGAACUCUGUGGUGACAUUCAUAUUCUUAUUAAUAAUGGUGGUGUGUCACACAGGGGUUCCAUAUUACACACACUAAAAAGAACUGAAGUUCACAAGCAAAUUAUGUCUAUUAACUAUUUUGGGGCAGUGGCUUUGACAUCAGCGGUGUUACCUAAAAUGGUGAAAAACAAGUCUGGUCAUAUUGCAUUUAUCAGCUCUGUCCAAGGACUUAUUGCUAUUCCGGAUCGAUCAGCUUAUGCUGCUAGUAAACAUGCCAUGCAAGCAUUUGGUGACUGCUUGCGUGCUGAGAUGCACCAACAUAAUAUUAAUGUGACAAUGAUCAGUCCAGGAUAUGUUAGGACUGCUGUAUCUUUAAAUGCAUUUACUGGAUCCCGGGAAGCUCAUGGAGUGAUGGAUCCAAGCACUGAUGCAGGAUUUACUCCAGAAUACACUGCAAGUAGAAUACUAGACUCUAUUGUCAGUAAACAGAAUGAGCUGAUAGUUAGCCAGUUUAUGUCUCGAUUUGCUAUAUUUUUGAGACAUACCAUGCCGGCAAUAUACUUUAGAAUUAUGGCAAAGAGGGCAAAUAGAACUUAGAAUACAAGGAGAAAUUAUUUAUUAAACACUUUUGCUAUCAUAAGAAAUGGGGAUCUGUAACCUGAUAUGUCACUAUAACAAAAGGGAUAUAACCACUAAAUUACGCUAUGUUAUUACAUAAAAGCCUUAUUAAAGGCACUUUAAAAUCUUCACAAAUAUAUAUUUGCCUAUAUCCUCAGGUUUUCAAACAAUCUCCGUACUAAAUUUCAUCAACAUCUAUUGGGUAGUUUUGAGUUUUUUGAGUUCAGACUGGCAGACAGAUGUGGCGGGGGACUUUAUUCUACAAUAUACUUUUAGAACUUUUUAAGUGGAACAAUUAAGUUAUACAUUAUAGUUGCGUAAUUUUAAUCGCUAACGCAGCGCACGCAACUGUAGCUCUGAAAAGGAAUAUUUUUUUCUUAUUUUUGCAACAUUUUUCAUUGAUUCUUCGCUUCUUAUAGCCUUCCUCGAUAAAUGGACUAUCCAACACUAGAGAAUUUUUCAAUUUGAACCAGUAGUUCCAGAGAUUAACGCAUUAAACAAACUUCAGCUUUAUAAUUUAAUAGUAUAAAUUUGCGGCUCCGCCCGCGUGAGUUUUUAGGGAAAAGUAACCGUUAGCACUCGGGGAGUAAUCUGCUUUCAAUUAAUAAAAAGCAAAAUCAGCUUAAUAGUUCCUGAGAUUAGCGCUUAAUUGGAUUUUAGCCAAAGAUAUUGUCAAUUAAUUUGUUUGUCUUGGUAUCCUGUGUGAUGCUCUUCAGUAUUACAAAAGGCUUCAGUUUCUUAGCUGGCACGGUUAAGCUUUGGGCACGCUGUUCUAGGAUGACCAAUUCGAUUCGUAGUUCGUUUCUGGACACGGGUUUUAAUAUAGUGGGGACGUAGCCAGUGCCACGGAAAGUGACCUACCUUACACUGGUGGGCACUUCGCGAGAGGUGGUUUCUGUAUUUAUGGGAGCGAAUUUUUUUUUAUGGGUAAAGGACUUUGUAGUCCACAUCGGAGAAAACCCGCGAAUAGGAUACUGGACUCCCUCGGCUUGACUGUAGGGUCCUGGAGGAAAGUUGGGCGGGGAAAGCUGGGAAGGAAGUGUGGGGAAAGGAUAAGGAAACCCCUUAGGAUGGCAGGGAGAAGGCUAGGAACUGUUCGCGAGCCCGUAUAGGCCUCAAAGUGAAUUGGCAACCAUGAGGUAUACGCACUUAACUGUGCCGCAAUAAAUGUCCUCCCGUGCAUGGGCGUGCUCUCGGUGUGGAGACCGAGCGCACAAAUGCCUCGAGGGGAGAGGGAGGUGCGACGAUUACCGCUGGCUUGUUAACUGGUAUGCGUCUAUUUGGCGCUGUGUAGGUCUUCUUUGAUGUUAGUGGAUUGCGGUGACCGCGGCGUAGGUUUUUUCACUAUUGCCGGUGUCUAGUUUACACUUAGCCACAUCUUCCCUGAUUGUAUGCUUGAUGUCUUAAUUUAUAGCAUAUCUUGGUGUCACUCAGGGCAGCGAUUUAUCUUGUUAUAGCGCCGAUUCCAGUGGCGAGUUGUAUGGUUGUUUUUUUGUUUUCAGAUGUGACGCUUUGGCCGGCGUUAAUAGUGGUAAUGACUUUGCUAGUUAGUUUUUGUAUUACCAGCAGGUAUUCGGAGAUUGUCGUUUUCUUUGGUGCGGUCACGGGGGAGGCGUCCCUGUGCAAUUCCAUGAACUCGUCAUUGAGUACUUCGCUAGGGGUGGGUUGCGUAGACAUUGUGUAAUAGGGUGUUGUCAGUACAUUUUUCAAGGGUGUGCGAGCGCCUAAAGCGCUCACCCAAAAGUUGUGUUUGUAUAAGUGGAGCUUUGUCGGGCCGACCAAUAUAAGACAGGUUAAAAAUAGUAUAUAUAUACAACAUUGCUACAUAAUACUUUUUUAUUCGAACCAUAUUCAUAUUAUAAAAUCGUUGAUAUGGGAUCCAAAGGAGUAGUAGUAGUCUAUUUGUAAAGAAUUAUAAUAAUAAUCCAGAGAUAAUUUACCAGAGAGUAAAGCAGACUCGAGACGAAGUCAAGUUCGAUUCCAUUCGAUGCGCGCUCCUUUGGCUUCGAAGUUCUCGUUCGCUUUAUUGGUCACGAAUGAUAUUGUGAAGAAUUUUGUUCACUUCAUAAUAUUGACUGAAAGUGGUAACUCGCACUAAAUCAGUAUGAUAAAAUUUGUCGGAUGUUACUUCGUGGAAAAGUUAUGGUCUCGCGGUUAUGCCGCUAUCGACAUGUUAACCAAUCUCUAACGGCAGAGUAUAUAUAUUAUAACAUAGAACUGUUAGUGUUUUUGUUAAUAAAUACUAUAAAUCACUGGUUAUAAUAUGGCAAAUAUAACAUAUUCAUAUCAUUCGGCAUAAUUGUAUGAUAGUCUUAAGAUAUAAAUUCCAAUAUAUUAUAAGACAAAGUAUUAGUUUGUAGAUAAUGCUUUCCAUUUGUAAUAAUUUAUUUUACCUACUAAUUGGCUGAAUAUUAAUAAUUGAAAGAAAUUAUGUAAAUAUUUGUGACAAUAAAUGAAUAAACCAGAA